AUGGCUCGGGACGUCGAGAAAUUCAAAUCGGCGAAGAGGUCGUACCUAAUCGCCAAAGAGCAGGGGAACCGGUACGAGGAGGCUAUGUGCGCCAACGUGAUUGGAGACAUCCUCAAGAACAGAGGGGAGUAUGUAGAGGCGCUCAAGUGGCUGCGGCUCGAUUACGAUGUGACGUCCCGCCACUUGCACGAUAAGCAACUUCUGCCGACGUGUCAGUCUCUUGGGGAGGUCUAUCUUCGUCUCCAGGACUUCACGAACGCUCUAUCUUCUCAGAAAAAACAUUUAGAGCUUGCCAAGGAAGCUAAUGACCUUAUUGAACAGCAAAGGGCCAACACCCAACUUGGUCGUACUUACCAUGAAAUGUUUUUGAGAUCUGAAAAUGACCACUUCUCAGUUCAGAAUGCCAAAGAGUACUUCAGAUGUUCAAUGAAGCUUGCAGAGGCUGUUAGGGAGAACCCACCUGUUAACGAUAGCAAAUUCUUCCUUAAAGAAUAUAUUGAUGCACAUAAUAAUAUUGGGAUGCUUGAAAUGGAUCUUGAUAACUUGGACGAGGCCCAGAAAAUCCUAACCAAAGGAUUACAGAUUUGUGCAAAUGAAGAGGUUGAGGAAGAUUAUGAUGGGCGAAGUAGGCUCCAUCACAACCUAGGAAAUGUUUAUAUGGAGCUCAGAAUGUGGGAUGAAGCUCGGAAGCACAUUGAGGAGGACAUUAAAAUUUGUAAGAGAAUUGGGCAUUGCCAAGGGGAGGCAAAGGGGUACAUCAAUUUUGGUGAAUUGCAUUAUAGGGUUCAGAAGUAUGAGGAGGCACUUUGUUGCUACCGGAAGGCGCUUGGUCGAGCAAAAUCCAUGGAAGAUGAGGAUGCUUUGGCUAUGCAAAUUGAGCAAAACAUGGAGACUGUAAAAGAAGCUAUUAGAGUAACAAAAACUCUACAUACAACCUGCCUGGGGACUCGGCGUGAAACCGGCGCCAGCAUGGCAAAUUGAAAACGCAGCGUUUGAAUGGCAAAACGAAAAUGCAGCGUUUUGUUUGAGUUUUCUCGUUUUCAUUUCUUUUCUCGUGUACAUUUCCUUCCCCCUUUCGAUUCUUCUUCUGUUUUUCCAUCGCCCCCCCUUUCCCCCCGACCCCUUCAAUCCUAACCCUAACCUCUCACUCAUUUCCUUUCCCCUUCGAUUCCUUUCCCCUUUCCCCUCAUAAAUUUCCUUUGAUUCACCCAUUCGAACUCUCACUAGUGGUUUCCCCGUGGCAGACCUACUUCGAUUCAUCCAUUCCUUCGAAAUCGACCCACGAAACCGUGGUUAUGUUCUUCGUCAAUCACGGCAUCUCACCUUCGUUCGUGGUCAUCAAAAUCCAUUUCCCACUUCAAACCCCAGUCCCUAACCCUAACUUGUCCAAAAUCGUGCGUGUAACCCUAACCCUAACCCUAACAUCAACCCCGCCGCUUGAUCCUAAUCCUAACUUGUCCAAAAUCGUGCAUGUAAUCCUAACCCUAACAUCAACCACUGUGUAGAUCAGGUUAGUUAUCCUACAGUUACGUGGAUUUGGUUUUACUUUCUUGCAAAAUUCAAUUUUUUAUCUAGAGUUUUUUGUUCUUUUAAGUAUCAAUUAUACUUGAUAAUUUUCGAUGGCUUGUUUUGCUUUCCAGCAUAGAAAUAAAUUACAUUUGUAGUGAUGCUGAUGGCUUUUGUUCUCGAUAACAUAACAAAUAUAUGCUUGUGAAAGUCUGAAUAACACCAUCCAUGUGGACGUAUGUAAAUUUUCUUUGGAGUCAAAUAUUUUCUUUACCCAGUGUAGACGAUUGUAAAUUUAUGUCAUAUGUAGUUAACUCUGGAUUUACAUUUUCCUAGCCACCAAACAGAAUAUGUCUGUUCUGAAAACUGCCUUCUGCUACAGGUAAUGUUACAGUUUCUUAAUUAAUUUUUACAUCAACUGUUUACAAUGUAAAUGUCUCAUAACUAAUUUUACAUCAAUCUUUGCAAUGUUACAAGUAAUGUUAUAGCUUUUCAGUUUAAUUUUUGCAUUCUGAAUUAGAUUUUUCAGUUAAGUUACAAUAUUACAAGUAAGUUCGAUCAUGGUGGACCUGUUAUAGUUUAGCAUCAAUUCAGUUGAAAUGAAUUACAACUUGUUUUU